UCUUCCUACGUUUAGCAGCAUGCAAAACCCGGCAUAUAGUGAUGCAAAAUUUAUAGAACUCAUAAAAAGACAACCCGCAGUGUGGUGCAAAGAUGAUUCGCUAUACAAUAACCGAAUCGCAGACAAAACAAUCUGGAAGGAGAUCAGUAAUCUGCUAGAAACGGAUGUUCACGUUCUGAAGAAAAAGUGGCAUGCACUACGUGGCCAAUAUCGUAGAGAGAUUCGUUUGUACGCCGGUAAAUCGAAAUGGAAGCAUUUUAAACGAUUAAGUUUUCUUGCGGAAAGUUACAAGCUGCCAGAAUCACCAUUUGGCAGCCAAAACUUUGUUGAAGGCGAUCCGAUCAGCAUUCAGGUACCUCCGCUAGACACGUCAAUCGAGCAUAAUGAGCCCAUGAAGGAGGAAACAUGCGAUUGGUCCUGCAACACGUCCGUAUCGCCGAGGGUGGAGAAAAUCACGCCAAAAGUUCCGGUUGUAGAUAUAAGCAAUGAAAGUAAUUAUUAUUUUGCGCUCAGCUUAGUAGGUAUCUUAAAUUCUGUUCCCAAGGGAAAUGAAUUGGCUGCGCGCAUAGCUAUACUGAACGUGUUGAAAGAUUUUCAACCAGCGCAUAGAGAAGAUGUGCAAGGCGUUUAAGAGACAACACAUUAGGAAUAACUAAUUUAUAACAUAAAAAAUAAAAAUAACAUAAAAAUGCUUUUGUAUACGUCCGUGGCCGUGGAUGUUCAAUUAGUUAAAGUAUUUGAAGCGAAUUUAAUAGAAAUCUGCAUUAAUAUGAGAGAAUGAACCAGAAAAAUUAACAAACAAAAACUGCUUUUUGUAAAGCAUUACUUUUGAUUGGUUGA